GUAAAUGUUUAGCUUCAUAAAAGAAGCUUUUUCAAGAAAGUUUCUAUUUCAGAAUAAUUUGGAUGGAAUAUCUGUGCCAGGAAUUCUGGAAUGGGCCGGGCCUGUACCAGGAUUUAGUUUCCAUGCUUGGGUUAGACUUGAUGAUAGAGCAGAUGAGCUUAAUACCAGGAGACAAUUAUACAGCCUUUACACCAAUUCCGGGUCUGGACUAGAGGCUUUCUUUUUACCCGGAGGUAUUUUGGCAGUGGGUUCUGCUUACAAGAAGGAGUUUUUUGUUACAAAAUGUGAAGAUCUUCCUUUAAAUGAUGGCCAGUGGCAUUCCUUAACAGUUUGUCAGGCAUCUGGAAAGAGGCCUUUUGGACAUAGCCAACUGAGUAUCUAUAUUGAUGGAACCUUGCGGACCCAAAGUUCUCUCAAGUAUCCCACCUUCAUUGAUCCUAUUGCUUAUUGUCAGAUUGGUUCAGAGUUGAUGAGAGCAAAUCUACCUGCACUUAAUGUUGCAAACAUUUCAAAAACUAGUAUUAAGGAUAACAUUAAGGAUGCUCUGAAGAGCACAGGAGUUUUUGCUCUGCCUGCCUAUUUGAAACCAUCAAGUACAGAUCCCAAGGUUCAAUGGACUAUGCUUGGCAUGGAAGAUGUAAUGUGGGGACGGUCUAUUGCAAUCACUGGACAAAUAGGGCUUAUUUAUGUUUUUCAGGAUUGUCUACAACCAAGUCAAGCCAAGAUUCUUCAUGCUCUUGGGGCCAACAGUUGUUUACAGCAUCAUCCUGAUCAAGAAUCAACUGAUGUUAUAGACAUGUUAUCAAAAUUAGUUUUCAACUAUUCUCCUAAAGUGUGCCACAAUAUGGUUUGCACUAAUCUAUCGACUAAUCAACUAGCUUGCUUUGAUGGACACACUUUGGCAAAACCUUUUUCAACAAAAGAUCCCAAGGAUGUUAUCAACAGUCUAGGGGGAAUUCAAGUUCUUUUCCCUAUCCUUGAAACAUCCUUAUACAGCACAAAGUUGGAUUCAUCAUACACUUCAAUCACUCAAGAGAUUUCAAAAUCUGGCUCAGCAGAAUCGGAACAGGAUUGGGAAAUGAUUGCAUCCAGUUCAUUUUCUGAUUGGAACCUAGAGAAAAAUCCUGUUUCUGGAUUUUUAACUCUGAUCAAAAACAUGACCACAAAUCACCAGGUUAAUCAAGAACAGCUUAUAAGAGGAGGCGGUGUUGCUAUUAUGGGGUCACUCCUGCAGAAAGUAGACACCAGUUUGAUAGAUGUCAAUGUUCUCAUGGCCUCCCAGUUGUUUGUGGAAAUUUUGACAACCACUAAGCAGAGUAAGCUUCUGUAUCAGUUCUAUCACAGCAUUCUCUUUGAUUUUAGAAUUUGGUCAAGGUCUGAGUUUCAUAUGCAAAUUGGUCAUGUGCAAUAUAUCUCAACCCUCAUAAUGUCAGACAGGAAAUAUUUUAGAAAAAAGUUUGGUGUUCAGUUCUUUUUUGAUGUAGUCAGACAGCAUUAUUCCAAUGAGGACAAUAAGAAGCUUUCAAGUGAGGACUGUGUUACCAUCAGAGGAGCCCUUUUUGGACUGGUCAAAUUCUUUCUUCUAAAAGAUGUGAAUGCAAGAGAGGUUUCAGCAUUGCUAAACUUUAUGUAUUCUAACAGAAAGAGUCCAAUUCUCGGUGAAGUAUUGGACAUGCUAAUUUUGCACUUAGAGUCAAAGUUAGUCAAAGAUCAACUGUUUUUGUUAUUGUUCGAACCUUAUUGCCUAGAUCUUAUAUACUGUAUUUUGCUUGAAAAUACAGAUGAGCUUAUUCGCAUGAAAAUAUACAGAAUCAUCACAGAUUUUCUCAGAACCUCAAAAAUAUCCAACAGAUACAAGGGGCGUCUUCAUUUACAACCUGUUGGAUAUCAUGGGUUUCUCUACAUAAGAAGCCCUAAAGAGCCUCCAAUUUCACUUCAAGAAGUUUCAUUUCUAACAGACCACAUGUUGAUGUUUGACCAUGUUUCAAGCUACCAAGGAAUUUUGUCUCUGUGUCAGCAUCUACAGAUGGCUCAUGUUGAUAUAAAGCUAGAAAUUGCAAGGAAGUUGCUGACUCUAGUCUACUCACAUCCUCAAGCAGCUUCUCAUCUUAUUAAACAGGUGGGGUGGGAAGGUUGUAUAGCAAGACUCCUUGUCAAGGAAAUUGUGCAACCUGAACUUGAUACCAUGGUUUCUGUUGAGGAUGUCAUAAGCCUUGGUGAUGAAGAAGAUAAUAUUCCUGAAGAACAAUCAUCUCCUACUCGGUACAUAAACAUCGUAACAGAUACUGCAAAGCAGUACCUGCCAACACAAGCAGGAAAUGCGGUAAAACUUGUUGGGGAUUCUGUUGGGUCAGUGGCAGAUGAGGCUGGUAAAGUCUUAGCAGGAACUAGCAAGCUUGUAAGGUCAAAUAUAUUAAAUGCUUCCGACAAGGUUUCCUCCACUGUACAAAGGACUCAUAAUUUAGUAACAGACAAAGUUCACAGUGCUCAUCAGAAGGUUAAUAACACUGUUUAUAAGGCAAACACAAUUUUGGAAACUGUCGGAGACCUCACAUCAUCUAAGAAAAGACACAGCAAUGCUUCCAUGGAUGGAAACCCACAAUUUUUGCAGAACUAUUCAUAUGGUUUUGGAGAUGCAGAUGUUAUGUCCAAUAGUUCUGAAGAUAUUUCAAGAAGCAGAGAGACCAUCUGUAGCUCACCCACCAGAACACAUGAGAGUAUUUCCGAAGAUGAGAUAAGUUUUGAUAUGGACCACUUUGGUUCUGAGUUGGAGUCCCUCAAACUUGGGAAAACAGGUGGAGAAGAAACACGGGAGGAAGAAUUGGUUGAGCUCGUAACAAAUAUUUUCUUUUCUAUUCUUUGGCGGGGAACUCUGACAAGACAUAGAAAAGACCAGGCCAGCUAUCUGUUACAAUCAUAUGGGCAAAUUAUUGCCUCUGUAAAUUUAAUGGCCUUGAAUAACAAACUCUUUAUCAGUCAUAUGGUAAUGAAAAGAAAAAUAAUUGAACUCUGCUUGCAAGCUCUGCUGUCUGACAUUAGAGAGAAGAAUCAAACUCUAAGUGAGCAUGCCAUAAUGGCAAAAAAUAUUAUGGAGAUAGCUUUUGAUCUUGUCAUCCUGGAUGAACAUGAUGACUUUUCCAAAAAGGUUAGUGAAGAUCUGUUAGAUGGAAUUUUGGGAAUUCUGGAUAGGUUCUCUGUAUUUCAUGAAGGAAAUACUGACAAAGAAUGGGAUGAUUUGGGAAGAAUGGCAUUCAGUAUUCUUCUUGAAUGUGCAGAAAACACCAAGGAUCUUGAUUUCUGUGCUAUUGCAACUGCUAAGCUUCACUCCCUGGUUCAAAGCAGACAAGACCCAAGUCCAGAUGAGGUUGGGUAUUUAAUUUAUCGAGUAAACAAGAUAAUUGAAAAUGCCUUAAUGAAAGAGAACACUGAUCACUAUGCAUUCUUUGUUCCAAUCAUGAAAGCACUUCUGGAUAAAAGCAAAUUUUGUCUUCAACUCACCAAGCAGUUACCAUCUUUGAGUUUUAGGUUAACUGGUUGUGAGUUCUUUGAGCAGUUUCAGACAUACUCUAAAGAAGAAGAAUGGAAGUACUUUGUAACCAGAAAGAUCAAUGUCUUGCAUGAUGAAUACUGUCUGGGUGUGCUGACCAAUCUUAGAGAUCACUUUAAUGAGUUCUGGGGAAACUCCUACGAGGAAGCUAAAGUUGCUGUUCACAGACAAAGGCUAAAGGAUGAAAAGGCUAGAUUUCAGAAUCUUUUAACUCAACACAGAAGUAACUGUAUCUUUGUCGAGAAGCGGUGGAGAAUAUUAAAGAGACUAUUCUUCGGGCCCCGAGGAGCUUGGGGUAAGAAAGGACAUCUUCUAGCUGAUCAUUGGAUGCUCGGACACAAUGAGAACCUGCACAGAAUGAGAAUGAAACUGGUUCCCAACCCCUCCUUCAAUCUCCACCUGGAGGCUAGUGCACAGAGGGAUAAUAUCCGGAGACAGAAUACAGAUACUGACAACUUUAUCCAGCUACAGAUAUCAAAGGAGGCUGUAGUUUCUACACCUAAUGAAGACGAGUCUGAUUUGACAGAAGAUGAUCUGAAAGCUAUUGCCAAGGAGCAGAUGAAUUCUCAGGAGCAAGAUGCUGAACAUGAGCAGGAGAAGUUCUUGACGAGCGAGGAGUGUGAGCUGGUCACCUUGAUGUCUGUUGUAAGGGGGAGGUUCGAGCUGACCAACACAUUUAUAUAUUUCUUCGAUUCAAGACCAAUAAAGGACGGAGAGGAGAGACAGGAUAACCGAUGGAGUACAUCCAACCUCAGGGAGGUUUAUCUCCGCAGGUUCAAUCUCAGGAAAUCAGCUCUCGAGUUCUUCUUGUCCGAUCAAACCAACUUUUUUCUCAACUUCCCAACCCUGAAGAAGCGGAGUAAGGUUUAUCUCAAGAUAUUGAGUUUAAAACUACCAAACCUAGUUUAUCACGGCACAAGGUCGCCCAAGGAUCUCUUGAAGGUGUCUGGUCUCACCCAGAAAUGGUCAAACCGGGAGAUUUCAAACUUUGAAUAUCUUAUGCAUUUAAACACAAUCGCCGGAAGGAGUUAUAAUGAUCUCAGUCAGUAUCCGGUGUUCCCCUGGAUCCUGUCAGACUACGACUCUACAACCCUGGACCUUGGGUCCACGGCCACUUUCAGGGACCUCUCUAAACCUAUGGGAGUACAGAACCCAGGACAUGUGACCGAAAUUCGGCAGAAGUAUGAGAACUUUGAGGAUCCUAGUGGAACCAUUGCCAAGUUUCAUUAUGGAACCCACUACUCCAACUCUGCGAUGGUUCUCCACUACAUGGUGAGGAUGGAACCAUUCACCAGUCUUCACAUCAACCUUCAGUCCGGUAGGUUUGACGUGGCUGACCGUCAGUUCCACUCCCUUCCACAGACCUGGCGUAGUCUCAUCAAUAACAUCAACGACGUCAAGGAACUUAUCCCGGAGUUCUUCUAUUUCCCGGAUUUCCUGCUGAACCUCAACUACUUUGACCUCGGGCGUCUUCAAGGGAAAAAUCAGGCUGUCGGUGAUGUUAUACUUCCAGCCUGGGCGGCCAAUGUGGACGAUUUUAUACGACAGCAUCGGAACGCGCUUGAAAGCGAAUAUGUUUCUGCACACCUUCACGAGUGGAUUGAUCUCAUAUUUGGCUACAAACAGAAAGGAGUUGAAGGAGAAGAGGCGAUGAAUAUAUUCUAUUACUGCUGCUACGAGGGGGCGGUCAACCUAGACGCAAUAUCUGAUCCUGCAGAGAGAGAAGCUCUGGAGGGAAUGAUUCAGAACUUUGGACAGGUUCCCUGUCAGUUGCUGAAGGAACCGCAUCCAACCAGAAUCUCUUACACUGAGCACCGCCAACGGCUACUAAAGUCCGACCAUCACAGGCCUGACCUGUUGAAGUAUUCCUCCAACUGGAGGAUGAAUAUGGUUGAGCUAGGGGAUGAAAGGAAUCCUUUAAUAUUUCUCAAUCAUCCACAACAGCAGACAAGAUCAUAUCUGUAUGGAGCUGUAGAUUAUCUGUUAUCUGUAUCUUCUGAUCUCUGUAUCGGGCUCCACUCCUGGCUCCCCUAUGACAAGUCGAAAAUGAAUGCAAACUAUUUUUAUCUUGACAAAGAUACAACGCUGGGAACCAAGAUGGGAAGAAAGCUGGCUGGACCUGUCUCACGAUCUCUUCGCGUAAAACCAGAGUUAUUCGGUGUCACAUCUGAUUCCAGGUUCCUUGUGUACGGAGGGAGCUGGGAUAAUAGCGUACGAGUUUACAGUCUUGCACGGAGUAAAGAAGUUGGAGCAUCAAUCAGACACACGGACCUAGUAACCUGUAUUGGGAUGGAUGAAGGUGGGAACCAUUGUAUUUCGGGUAGCCAGGAUACAACUGCUAUUAUCUGGGAGCUCAACCCUACUCAGGAUACCUGUACACCUAGAAGUAUCCAGGUAUUGUACGGGCAUGAUGAAUCUGUCAGCUGUGUCUGUAUAUCUAUCUGUCUGGACCUGGCUCUUACUGGGAGUAAGGAUGGAACUGUGAACGUUCAUUCAAUCAAGGAUGGACAAUACAUGAGAACUUUUAACCCUGCAGGAGUAGACGUACAGUACACCGUAGACCUUCUACAUUUAUCCUAUCAGGGACACGUGAUAUAUACAGGGCACACUUCUGAAACUCAUUCUGUACACGUGUACACACUCAACGGAAGACAUUUAGCGUCAGCUGAUAUACAACACAGGGUUACAGGAUUAGUGAGUUCUGGAGAUUAUAUACUUACUGGAGAUGAGAAUGGAGAUUUAAAUCUUCUAGAUCUUUUUAAUCUCCAGGUAUUGAAGAGUCUAAAUCUACAGUUGCCAGUGCAGACCUUGACUCUAACCAGGGGGAACACACACAUCCUUGCUCCUCUUAGGGACGGCAAGCUUAUUGUUGUUGGACUGGCUGGACUACCAGAGAACUACGCUUAGACUACAACUGGACUAACAGGACUUCCAAUGAACUACGCUUAGACUUAAAAAAGAGUUGCAGGACUAUCAGACUACCACAGAACUUUAAGAACAGAAUACAUAAAAAAGACUUGACGCAUUGUAUAAUCAACUGUAGAUGUUUCAAUUCAUGUAUAUUUUGGUUUAUUAAACGUCGCCAGUUAUCGAUUUACUGAUAUAAUAAGCUUUAAUCAAGAUGCUGAUUUUUGCUGGUUUACUAAGUUUUCGUCUGACCCACGACGCUUUUAUAAACCUAAAAACAUGUUCAACCUUGUUUUAAAACAAUGUAUGACCCUGUUAUGGAUAAGAACAGGUUGACGAACCAACCCCCCUGAAUUUUCCAACUUUUGUGGGCAUUGUUUAAAGUUGAGAUUUUAAAUAUUUGUAAUUCAUAAUUGUUAAAGUAUUAUUUAGUCACGUCACAUUCCUUUUUUAAAACCCUGAUUUCUAUAACCUAUGAUGUGGUGCCCCCCCCCCUUCUGCAUUAACUACCACUAUCAUAAUUAACUAGUCACUGUGUAUUUUCAUGUUAAAGAAGGUCAAUGUGUACUGUGUUAACUGAUAAUUGUAAAACUAUGAAAUAGGAAGACAACUUUUAGAAUCAAGUUAUUACUUUAAAAAGUCCAAUGAGCCUGAGACACAACCACUGUGCAGUGUAACCAGACCUAUUUCACUUAAUUGGUAUCUAGUAAAACUAUUUGCUUUGCUGAUUGCUUGUUUGUUUGUAACAGCAUCAAGAACAUAUAAGUAUUGUUAUUAUGUCGUCUUCCUAUUCUACAGUUUUCUGGUUAUACAUAAUACACUGUAGUGUGAAACCAACUAUUGUAACCAUUAAUAUCUCCACUCAGCAAUCCACAUUAUUUGUCAAAAUUUAAAAUGUGUAAUUUGCUCUUAAACUGAUUUGAUAUAAAUUGAUCGUCAAUUUAUGUCCACGUUUAAUGAAAAAGUGGACCUCAUAAAACUGUGGAAUAACGCAAGUUGUUAGGAUUUUAAAUAGUCAAAUAAACAGGAACACACUCCAUAGAUUCUAUUUAAGCAUGGGUAAAAUUAUUUGUUUUAUAACAACGUUAAUAAAUGAUAAAACAAGCUUGAUUAAAUGUCGUCUGCGUAUUCCACGGUUUUAUUGGUCCCAAAUAAUGUCCUUGUUAUGUUCAAUGGCUAUAGCAUUAUACCAAAUAUGCACAUUCACUACGUUCAUGAUCAUGUUGUCCCAUUGUAACAAUGUAGAUAGUUUUUAAAUAUUUCUAGUCAAUUGUUGAUUUUGCUCCCUAAGAACACCCCUCUCUCAAAUUUGUGGUAAUGCCUGUAUCUGCAGCUUAUUGUGUAAUUUCAUGACUUCAUCUCAUAAAUUAAGAUUAAUAGUAUCUAAAAAUAAAUCCUAAUCGUCAAAGAU